UAAUUUAGAUCUGUAUUAUAUAAAACAUCAACAAAGAUGGCAGCCUCCAAGGACGAGUUUGUUGUGGAUCCUGUUAUUAAGGCAGAUAGACUAGAGUACUUGCCUCCACCAGAGCCUUUUUAUGUACAACAGGGGCUAAAAGAAAAACUAAUUGCUAAAACGAAAGAGAAUCCAUUUGUUCCAAUUGGAGUCAUCUUUACAAGUGUUGUGCUGUGCAUUGGGCUGUCAACUCUGAAAACAGGAGACAACCGCAAGGCUCAACUCAUGAUGAGGUUACGUGUUGGAGGACAAGCCUUUGCUAUCUUAGCCCUGUUGGGCGGAGUGUACUUGAAAUCAAAAGCUGAGAGAGGAUUGUGAUAAACUUGGGAAGACUGUUUAAAGUUCCCAAUCUGUGCUUCAAUAGUUUUGACUUCACUUGUUAAUCUUAUGGAUGAUAUAUAACAGCAAAGGUCAUUCGACAGUUAAAUGACUUUAUACCCAACACAAUUUUUAUUACAAAGUAAAUAUUUUAUGCUUACCUAUCACUACACUAGUAUUAAAGAAGUUGAAAUGAAAUUUACAUAACACUUAUACUUUUCUGUUAUGCAGCUUUAUGUGAAGAUAAAACUAAUUAUGGUCAUACAUUUUCAAAAUAUGAAAAUAUAUACAUAAUACAUAGCAGUGAUUUAUUACACAGCAUUUAUGUAUAAUUUUUGAACAUGCAAACUCUGCAAUAUAAUGCAUUGCAAGUAUGUUAGUUUGAAUGGCACAUGAGCUGAAGCCUAAUUAGGUUGCAUUUUUUGUAGAUGCCACAAUUUAAUGUGAGUUAUGUAUAAUUGUAAAUACUUUAAUAAAAAGAAAUAUAACAAAAUUUUUAUCUUUAC